AUGGCUCACUUUAUACUCUCCCAAUGCAGCGUCACCGAUGGCACCGCCCUAGCUGCCAACAGCAUCCCCGCUUUCUGGGUUGACCCGCACUGGGUCUUGGCCUGGCGCCAUCGGACCCUCGAGUACCACAUUUCACAGAUAGCCCUACGCUUCCCGCGCAACCUGCUGAAUAACCGGGAGGCCUUACGACAUCAGAAAGCAGUGGAUCCAGAGACGGGUCGUAUACUCGGCUACGCCCGGUGGUGCCUACCACCGUCUUAUAAGACAAAUCCAGAUGGUGGCACGCCGAUAUGGCCCGAGGCCCAGGUUCCGGCGGUCGAGCCUGAGAAGGAGGCCGAGAUCCGGCGGAUUGCCGAGACGGUUUUCUGGGAUCCUAACGACGAUGCAGACGCGCUAUUAGAUCGUGUAAACGCACUCGAGAAGGAAGUGACACCAAAGACACCGUAUAUAACUCUAGAAUACCUUGCUGUGCAUCCGGACAACCAGCGUAAAGGGAUUGGGAGGGCGUUAGUGACCAGCGGGAUGAACCAGGCGGACAAGAUGGGGUUAGAUAUUUUCGUCCACGCUUUGGCAGAGGGAGCUGAACUGUAUAAACGUAUUGGAUUUCGACUUAUAGGAGAGCUUGUUCAGGACGACUCUGCGUAUGGCGGCAGUGGGGUGUAUGGUGUAUAUUUCUUCAUCUAUGAGCCUGGAUCGAGGACUGAUGCCGCAAGGUCUAGGGAUUGA